AAGAAUUUCUGGCACAGUGCUGUGACCACCCCAAUAAACUAUUUGACUACAUUGCUGACACUUUCAACUGUAUGAUUGACCUUGAAAAUGAAUACUGCAAGCAUAUGGAUGAAGUGCUUGUCCAGACCCUUUGUAAUGAGCCCCAGAGAUAGAAAGCUUAACUGGAGGACAAAGAGAGCCAGAUUGAUGACCUGAUGGUGGAACAUGAUGAGUACAAGGCGGUCUAUGCAGAGGUGCAGUUAUGUUCUCAUGUUUCCACUGUGGAGAGUACCAAGUCAUCAAGCAAGUCUGAAAAGGUGCCUGAUCCUGCACUCCUCACUGAUGGCAAAGGACCCAAAUUCAAGGACUGGAUGAUUGAGAUGAAAGGGAAGUUCAUGGCCAAUGCAGACCAUUUUAAUAAUGAUUAAAUGAAAUGAUCUCGCACUGGCGGUUACUGCCUUCUGGAACCCCCACCAUUGC